ACUACGGAUUGAUGGCGCAGUCAGAUGGGAUGGUCGCCGUACCCGAAAGAUCCAAUUUCCUCAAAAUGUUAGAGCUGAAAGUGUGAUCGCCUGACUUGAGCGGUGUGACAAUUACCGUGUUACUAGUGUAGCGUACGGACUGCGCGCGCGGACAGCAUGACUUCCGAGAAUUCAGCGAGCAGCCAUUCCAAGGGCCAUGCUUGCGCAGCUCGAGUUUGACGUGGACCUGACGUGUGGCUCGUGCGCAAGCAAGGUGCGUGCCAGCCUGAAGCACCUGGGCAUCAACCAUGUGCAUGUCGACGUCCCGGGCCAGUCGGUGGUGGUGGAGACAGAUCUGCCCUUCUCCACGGUUCAGAAGGCCAUCCAGAGCACCGGAAAAAAGGCUGUCCUGAAGGGUUACGGAGCCUCCUCAGAAGCGAGAGGAAGCCUGGCAGCGGCCGUUUCCGAGAUCUCCGGUCCCUCCGGCGCCGUUGGAGUGGUUCGCUUCUCGGACGCGCCGAAGCGGGGCUGCAUCAUUGACGGCACGAUCGACGGACUGGACAGCACCAUGCGCCAUCGGCUGCAGAUCCACGAGUUGGGGGACCUGUCCAAUGGGUGCGACAGCACGGGUGUUAUCUUCAAUCCUCUCUCAAGUGAACCCUCCCGGCAAAAAGAUCAAAGGGUGUACGGGGCCUUGGGCGAAAUCAGCGUGGACUCCAGUGGCCGGAGCGUCUUCCGUAAGACAGACGACACGGUCCGGGUGCCGGACAUCAUCGGCCGUUCGCUGGUCGUCUGCGCUCAGCCAACGCAGUCCGACACCGGAUGCCUCAGGCUGGCCUGCGGCAUCAUUGCCCGAGCUUCGGGCCUCUUCCAAAACCCGAAACGCAUCUGCGCCUGCAGCGGAGCCACGGUGUGGGACGAGGCCAACUCCGCAGGUCGUCCCGAGCAGUCCUGACCACCGAUCGGCACCUCUCAGACACUGCUCUAUGUCGGUGGUCGAAGGAAUAAACCUGUUACUGCGGCCUGCACAGCCUGCACUUGUUA